ACAUCAGCGACUCAGACUCGCCACAGCAGAGGAGCUGGACUGUCCAUUUGAAGAGCUACUGUUCGUCUCUGAGGUUUCAGAGUAAGUUGUGAACGAAGAAGCGAAGUUAUCUCAACAAUGGAGCGUUGGUCAGGUCGUGUUGCCGUAGUAACAGGAGCCAGUGCUGGGAUAGGAGAAGCCAUCGCUGAAGAACUCGUGAAGAAAGGACUCAAAGUGGUCGGACUUGCGCGCAGAGUGGAGAAGGUUCAGGCUUUGGAAAAGUCACUCAAAUCGGAGAAGGGAAAGUUAUACGCAAUAAAGUGUGACGUCAGCAAAGAGCCGGAGGUAACGGAAGCCUUCAAGUGGAUCAAGCACAACCUUGGGGGAGUGGACAUCCUCAUCAACAACGCAGGAGUUGCAUCCUUCAACAGUCUCAGCGAUGGACCGGUGGAGAACUGGAGAAAGAUUUUCGAUUUGAACGUGCUGGGUCUCAGCGUGUGCACCAAAGAAGCGCUCCAGUCCAUGAAGGAGAGAGGAGUGGACGAUGGACAUAUCAUACAUAUCAACAGCGUUGCUGGGCACAAGGACCCCACCUUCGUAGGCAUACAGAUGUACUGUGCCUCCAAACACGCGGUCACAGCGCUGACAGAGGGACUCCGACGGGAACUUGUCCAGCAAAAGUCUAAAAUCCGUGUUACUAGUCUCAGCCCUGGCGCUGUAGAGACCGAAAUACUAGAAGCAUCUGAAUUUUCAGAGGACUCGUUAAAAGGUUUCAAAGACAUACCAUUUCUAAAAUCGAAGGACAUUGCAGAUUCCGUGAUCUACGUACUUGGAACACCCCCACAUGUGCAGAUCCAUGAAUUGACCAUAGAACCUGUUGGAGAACUCUUCUGAGGACAAGCAUGAAGAGACAUAAGAUAUUUUGAAUGAAUACCGAUGCAAACUGACUCUCGUGCGUUGCUCUCUCAUCAGCAAGCUUCUCCAGAGUCAGCAAUGUUUCCGUGUCCGUAACAAUAAAGCUACUUUACAUAAGUAAAUAUA